UCCAAUAGCGUCCCGAUGGCAGUGAAUGGAGGAAUGAAAAAAGUGUAGCCAUGCAUGCAGGAGUGGGAGGAUCCACUCGCUUCAAUCUGGAUCUCAGAGCUCUGCAGCGACAGGGGCACAACCAACCAACCGUCUCUGCUACUUCCAAAGAGUUACUGCCGGGACAUCUACAUACAUACACACUCCUAUUUUUGGAUUUGUUGUCAAGUUGCGCCGCUGCCCUCCCGUUUCCAACCUCUGACGACACUGCUCUUCCGUGAAGAAAAUCCCCAGCUUCCUCCCGUCGAGGACGAGAAGAUAAAGCUCGCUCGGUCCUCUGCUCAGAACAGGUGACUGCCGAGAGACUCUGUCCACGCCGGUUGUCUCGUGACGCGUCGGGGAUCCGUGGAGCCGCUGGACACUUGCCUCGACCCUUUUUAACUCUUGUGAUCAGCACAGUCGAGCUGCUUUUUUUCUUCUUUUUUUCUCUCGUGUGUGUGUGUGCGUUUGAUCGCAGCUCAUUAUUCGGACUUCUCCGGCUGCGCGCUGCAGGCUGCGUGUCAAGCGGAACUCGAGCGGCUUCAACAGGUUUGUGCCUCGUCCUCGCGCCGCCUCCACGCCGCGGUGUGUGCGCCCGGGUUCCUCGAGCCGACUGCCACCGGGUUCUUAUGGAUAUUGCAACAGGCCUGGUGUCGCUGGAGCGCCUCUCCGCGAGAGACCCGUCCGAGACGUGCAUCAUGCUGGACGGCAUUAAAAUUGAAGACCAUCCCAUGCGAUCGGGACACGCCACGCUCGGAGUCCUGCUCGGGACCGACUGCCACCAUCCGUCGGCGUGUGAGGGAUGCCAGCGGCCCAUCUCCGACCGCUUCUUGAUGAGAGUCAACGACUCCUCGUGGCACGAGGAGUGUUUGCAAUGCACCGUGUGUCAACAGCCCCUCACCACCAGCUGCUACUUCAGAGAAAGGAAACUUUACUGCAAACACGACUACCAACAAUUGUUUGCGAGCAAGUGCAGCGGCUGCAUGGAGAAAAUCGCCCCCACAGAGUUCGUGAUGCGCGCCCUGGAGUGCGUCUACCACCUGAACUGCUUCUGCUGCUGUGUGUGUGACCGGCAGCUGAGGAAGGGCGACGAGUUUGUCCUGAAGGAGGGCCAGCUGCUGUGCAAGAUCGACUACGAGAGGGAGAAGGACUUACUCAGCUCGGUUAGCCCGGAUGACUCAGACUCAGAGAAAAGCGACGAUGAGGAGUUGGAUAUCAAGCCGGAGAAAGGCAUAGGAGGCCAGGGGAAGGGGGAUGAUGGGAAGGAUCCCAGGAGGCCCAAAAGACCACGCACCAUCCUGACCACUCAACAGAGACGGGCCUUCAAGGCCUCCUUUGAGGUGUCUUCAAAACCCUGCAGAAAGGUGAGGGAGACGCUGGCUGCAGAGACGGGACUCAGUGUUCGGGUGGUGCAGGUGUGGUUUCAGAACCAGAGAGCUAAGAUGAAGAAGUUGGCACGAAGACAGCAGCAACAACAAGAACAACAGAAUUCUCAGAGACUUGGCCAAGAGGUGAUGUCCAAUCGGAUGGAGGGGAUGAUGAACUCCUUCACACCGCUGGUUCCGCCGCAGCAGCAGCUGGUCGCCAUGGAUCAGAACGGUUACAGUACAGACCCGUUCCAACAGGGACUCACCCCCCCACAGAUGCCCGGGGACCACAUGAACCCAUAUGGCAACGACUCUGCGUUCCAUGACAUCGACAGCGACACGUCUUUAACCAGCCUCAGCGACUGCUUCAUGGCGUCGUCGGAUGUCAACUCCAUGCAGGCCCGCGUGGGGAACCCCAUCGACCGCCUCUACUCCAUGCAGAACUCUUACUUCGCAUCAUGAAAGAGAAGAGCGACACAAAUCAGCAAAGAAUAAACUGCCCAUCUCAACCUAGAGCGCCAUGGCCCGGGAGUUUCCACACCAACACGGACACGACGGAGGAAACCCGGCAGUAGCUCCUGGUCAUGUGCUGACGCUGACUCAAAGAUCGUAAAAACCACUUGAUGUAGGACAGUGGCAAUUCCUGGGGAAAAGACUUAAAUAUUGUUAGAGAUUAUUCAGUAGGAUUGCUUACCUGUCACAGGAGAUAUUAGUCUUUUUUUUGGUCCCGUAAAGAAAACGAGUAUAUAUUGAAGCCACUGAUUACACACUCUCAAACCAAAUGACACAGUGAAUUCAUCCAGUGCAUGAUCAAUUGUAAACUCAAGCUUUUUGUAAGCCCCUGUCCCCUGGUUAAGAUGUGGUGUUUGGACUGUUUCUUCUUUACACUACAUGGAUUUCCAUGUUCACCGUUAGCAUUUUGAUCACUUUCAAUAGGUUUAGAUAUUGUGUUAAUAGUAAAUAGGUGCAGCAUGUCUGCAAGAGUGACUGUACAUUUGUGUAUGUAUGAGAGUUUGUGAGAGAGUUGUGUAGAGGAGAGAGAAACAGGAGAAUGUGUUGGACAAGUAGGAUCAGUGAAGUGUAAAUACUUUCCCCAGGCAAAUUGGAUGUGCAUGUUACAAAAUGGAAAGCAUUCUAUUUAUUUAACUAUAACAGGCUCUUGAAGGUGCAUAUUAAACAUGAAAAGCUUUAUUUAAAAAAAGGAGAGCAUUUUUGUUCUUUUCGUUGAGCAAUUAGUGAGUUCAUGAGUUCCUCGACUUAUCUGUAUGCCUUUUUUAAUAUGAAGAUUAACCCUUUUUGUUUUGUUUUUUCUUCAGCCAAGCUGUAAAUGAGCAAUGUUGCUAUUUAUUUCGUACAGACCAUAAACCUUUUGUUGUCAUUGUCAUAUGUGCAUUCUCAAAAUGUUAAAGUUGCUAAAUGACCAAAGUUGACUGGUUUGAUGAAUAAACAAUGUCUUUCUCCUGAUAACAUUACAUAAAUGCCAUCCAGUGAUCAUUCUAAUGGUAACAUGUCCCAAAUAUCACCUAUUUCAAUGUAUUCUCCACUAAUUUCAGCCGGACGCUAGCAGUGUGGCUCUGAGGAUAAAGGUCUCGGCAUGUUGGUCCGUAUAGAAUCUCAACCUUUUUUCAGUGAUGUACCCCCUGUGAAAUAUUUUUCCAGCCAAGUCCCCCC